AUGAUGCGGCGCGGUUCGAUGGCUAUGAUCGGCGGGGGCGAGCCACUGAUUGUGGUGGAGGAAAGUGGCACAGAGGACACAGAUUCCUCUCCCCACUCCUCAGCGCCCACCCGUGGCCUAUCCGUGGACCAGGAGUCUCCGCCAGACCCAUACCAUCUGUCACCAUGGCGCGACACCCGCAAGCACUCCCUGCCGACGCCAUCUUGCACCACUGGACCCACUGCCAGUCAGGUUCGGCGGCUGUCGGAACGUGGCGAGAGCGCGGCUCGCGAGGCACGCGAGGCAGCGUUCCUAGCAACACUGACUUCGACACAGCCGCAGCCUGGUGGCAGAAGACAUUCCGUUGUAACAAUAUCCCGAGUGCCUCAGGCGCUUUUCGGUCGUGGCCGUCGCGAGUCCAUCGCUGCCUUCCCGGCCCUAGCUCGUCGUCGAGACUCCGGCUCCAAGAAAUCACUCGUUUCCAUUGCAGGCCCUCCCGCCACGGACACGCUGGGAAGCACCCACAAUCUGCAGUUAGAUAUUAUGGACGAUAUCGUCCAGGCUCGCAAAGUGCGCAUGCGUCUAUGGAACACUUCCAACGAAAGAGUCUGUGAAGUCCAACCACUGGACGAGCGCUCCCCAAUGAGCGGCUCCGUGCGGUACACCAACCGCGGUCGCAGGCACUCUGACUUUGUCGGCUCUCCUCUGCCUCCGAUACCAGCUCGUCGUCGAGCUUCUGAGAUGCCACCACCGCCGCCAAUACCGCCACGAAGCGGUGCCGGCGUCGGUGUUGUUUGCACCGAUACAGACCUACAUUUAAUGCUCAACGCACUCACAUCGUCAGCCACAGAGAUCGAUCGCUGUGGCAAGCCAGAACGAACUCGACGCCUGGCCGACAUGAGGUCGAGCAGUUUCGAUGCAUCUUCACUGCGAGAUAAACCCACAGACUCUGGCACCACCUGGUUUACUCGCAGACACCAACUUUAGCUACGAAGAAAAAAGAAAAUGAACCCAAAAAAAGCAAAGUGACUUUUGCUCCAGAUUCAAAGCCAGCUCCUGGAGAUGUAGCAGCCGUGGUCUGGGACAAGCCCUCCGGAUCGGUUGUAGACGCGAGUGCACUUGGCAGUGCCAUAGAAGUGUUCCUUAGGAAGAGUUCUGCUGUUGACCCGGGGCCAUCAACGUCGGGAACAGUAGCAGUGAAAGAAACGGCAUCGAAGCCUGAGGUGCGACAGAAGGCACGCGACAUUCCAGCCACGGUCCGGCAGACUGGGCGCCCCGAAGGAGAGCGUUGGUACCCCAACAGGCCCGAGGAGGAGGAGGCGGGGGAGAGCUGCGAUGCUUCUCUCUGCACGUCAUUAAAAGACCUUUUCGUGUAG